CUUGCCAAGGCAUGGCUGGCAGAGUGUGAAUGUCAGCCUGGAAAGUAAUCCUAGCAUUUAAUUAAAAUAAAAAGAGGACAGAAAGGAAAAUGGACAUCAGUUUCUCUCGGGAGACUUUUCGUUUAAUAUACGCUGCUGGAGCUAGCAUUUUUGCCUAACACGCCUUGUAAUGCGAGUGUGUAGACUUGAGUACGUGUCUGGCUGGGUGUUAGUGGAUCGUGAAGCUUUGCUAAUUGUAGUGAGCAUCGUUCCUAAGCGGAACAGUUUUCUAUGAACAUGAUUUGUACUUUUCUACGAGCUGUAUGGUAUACGGAGAAGCUGCACAGGUCCUCGGGGAAGCGAUUGUUUUUGCCACACUUCGUGCUUAAAGCUUGCAUGAAGACUGGGCCCGCUUUCGGAUGGGAGCUUCGAGAGCCGAAGAAAACGGUGCGACCUAGAUGUAUCUUUGGGGUCACCCAGAAAACCAUCUGGACGCACGGGCCGAGUCCCCAGAAAGCAGAGGACAGCAGUAAGCAAGUGUCUGUGCACAGAAGUCAGAGCGGGGAAACCGCCAUCUCAACGUCACAGAAAGUGAAAGAGGCUGGAAGAGAUUUUACCAACUUAAUAGUGGUGCUUGUGGGAAUCAGCAUUACAGGUGGCUUGUUUUACACGAUUUUCAAAGAACUCUUUUCUUCAUCCAGUCCUAGUAAGAUAUAUGGAAAAGCCUUAGAAAAAUGCAGAUCACAUCCUGAGGUGAUCGGUGUCUUUGGUGAGCCUGUUAAAGGCUACGGGGAGAUGACCAGGCGCGGUCGGAGGCAGCACGUCAGUUUUAUUGAAUAUGUAAAAGACGGGCUGAAACACACACGUGUAAAAUUCUACAUCAAGGGCUCCGAGCCAGGGAAGCAUGGAACGGUGCACGUGGAGGUGAAAGAGAACCCACAAAGUGGUGAAUGUGACUUUCGAUAUAUAUUUGUAGAUGUUGAAUCCUAUCCUAGAAGAACUAUUGUCAUUGAAGAUAAUCGAUUCCAAGAUAAUUAAGAGAAUCAAGCAGGGAUGCUGCUUCCUGAUGGAUGUUGAGUGGCCCAGACUCACUGCUCUCAUCUUCUCUGCUGUCUUCCAGAAUCUUCUCAAAAGAAGACAGGGAAAAGUGUAUAGGUUAUGGUUAAUGUAAUAGGAUACUUAUUGCAUUUAGACAAACUAAAUUAGAGGUUUUCUUGUGGAAAAAAUAUGAGAUAGAGCAUAUGUUAUUUUAUCUUAUUGACUUGUUGAUCAUAAUGGUAUUUCUGCUUUUCUGCUCUACUUAACAUCUUUACGAUGAGAAAUUUUUGUUACUGAAAAUUUUACUCCAGGUAAAUAAAGAAAAGAGAUUUCAGUAUUAUAUGCUUUUUUUUAUAUUGUAUGACUGCAUAAAGCCUGCAGAAUGAAAUUAAAACUAACCAAAAGAUAUCAGAAGCAGCUUCCCUCCAUUUACUGUGGAAUCUGACUUGAGAUGAACAUGUGAAAAUAUUUGAGAACUGUAGUGAACCAAAUGAUAAAUACAUUCUUCAAAAUUAUCACAGAAAGAUUGUAUACAUACAUUGUAUGAUUUUUAGGAAUCUAUCUCAUAUUUCCCUCCUCCAUUAAUUGAGGCCAUUGUACAAGGGUGCUUCAGAAAG